CCGCUCAGACAAACAGUUAGAAGAUAAAGAGAGCCUUUAAUGCUUCACUGUCCCACUGUUUUCGCCGGAAAACCACCCAACGCCACCGUCACAUUUCCCGACUCGCCUUCUCUCGCACCUGCCAAAUACCGCCACUUCUCCGGUGCCGGCUCUUUACUUUCCCGGCGACAUCUCAUCAUCUCGGGCCCCUAACUUCCCAUUCCAUUUCUGCUCCAGUGCUCUAUAAACAAGAAAUAUAAGAAGGGAAAGGCGGCAUCUUUAUGGGUUGAGCUGCAUCUUCAUGAGUUAAGAUGGAAAGGGUGUUCUUUGUUCUGUUCCUGAAUGUUUUAGCACCCUUUUUGGUCAGUGCCGUGUACCCUUCAUUGAAUGAUGAUGUUCUAGGGUUGAUUGUGUUUAAGGCUGACAUUCAAGAUCCAUAUGGAAAUCUGACUUCUUGGAAUGAGGAAGACGAAAGUCCUUGUUAUUGGAAAGGAGUCAGAUGUGGACAUGGCCGAGUCACCGAGCUUAAUCUUGAUGGGUUUAGGCUUUCAGGAAAGAUUAGUAGAGGCCUUCUUAGGUUGCAGUCUCUUAGAAAGCUUUCUCUGGCGAUGAACAAUUUUACAGGAGGGUUGAAUGUCAAUUUUACCCUGCUUCCUUAUCUCGAGACAAUAAACUUGAGCGGGAAUCGCUUAUCUGGGCAAAUCUCCAGGGAUCUUUUUCAAGAAUGUGGGUCCUUAAGAUCACUUUCUUUGGCUAAUAACAACUUUUCGGGUGAGAUCCCCGAGAGCUUGGGGAUGUGUAUGGGAUUAUCCUCCUUGAAUUUGUCUUCAAAUCAGUUUGCGGGACAGUUACCCUUUUCCAUCUGGUCUUUGAAUUACCUAAGGUUUCUUGAUCUGUCAUAUAAUUUGCUCGAGGGAGAGAUUCCAGACAAUGUUGAAGGUUUGUGCAAUCUGACAGGGUUAUAUCUGCAGAAAAAUCAAUUUAAGGGCAAAGUGCCCUACUGGAUAGGGAGCUGUUUGCUGCUGAGGGUCCUGGAUUUGAGCCAAAAUUCUUUUUCUGGGGAACUUCCUGAUACCAUCCGGAAUCUAGGGCUGUGCCGUGACCUAAUCUUGAGACAAAAUGCUUUCUCGGGUAACUUACCAGAGUGGGUAGGGGUAGUGAGAAACCUUCAGACUUUGGAUCUUUCAGAAAACAACUUUUCGGGCAUGGUUCCAAUGUCACUCGGUCAUCUCAAGUCACUGAAGCUAUUGAACCUAUCCAAGAAUUCCAUUUCGGGUAACUUGCCCGAGACCACAGGGAGUUGCAUAAAGCUUCAAUCUUUAGAUGUUAGUCACAACUCUUUAUCUGGUGAAAUCCCUUCUUGGUUAAACAAGCUUGUCGGGUUGCAGCAGAUUAUUUUUUCUGUGAAUAGAUUUACAGGGCAAAUACCUUCGGUUCUUGAACAUCUCAAUGGCUUGAUAUUCUUGAAUCUGUCGGGAAAUGCACUUACAGGAACCAUUCCUAAGAGUAUAGGAGGAUUGAAAUCCAUGAAUAUGCUUGAUUUGAGUGGGAAUCUAUUGAAUGGUAGUAUCCCUUUGGAAAUUGGCAGGAUGACCUCUCUAAGGGAACUGAAGCUACAGAAGAACAACUUGACUGGAGAAAUUCCGACUUCGAUAGGGAACUGUUUGGCACUAGUGUCACUGUUUCUCUCAAAGAACAACCUAAGUGGUCCGAUACCCGCCACGCUGGCGAAGCUCGCUGCCCUUCGACACGUGGAUCUCUCCUUCAACUCACUCACCGGGAGAAUACCAAAUCAGCUAGCUAACCUCCCGAACCUCUCCUCAUUCAACAUCUCGCACAACCAUCUCCGCGGCGAAUUGCCCGGCGGCAAAUUUUUUAAUACCAUUUCGCCCUCCUCCGUCUCCGACAACCCCGCCCUUUGUGUGGCCGCUCCCGGAAAGCCGUGCCACUCCGUCCUUCCCAAACCCAUUGUGUUGAAUCCCGAUGACGUGAGUGCCUCCACCCCUUCCGCUUCGGACGGCUCCGCCCCUCAAAAUUUCACCCAUAAAAGGAAGAAGAAAGUCUUCAGCGUCUCCGCCCUCAUAGCCAUCGGUGCCGCCGUGGUCAUAGUUGUCGGGAUGCUCACCGUCACCGUCUUGAAUCUCACCGUACGGUCCGACACCGCGGACUCUCCUCGGGCCGACCCGACAUUCUCCGGCGUCGAUGAGUUAAGUCGCUCGUCGUCGACGGAUGUGGACUCGGGCAUGUUAGUCAUGUUUUCAGGUACCCGUGGUUUCGAUGCGGGUGCCCAUCACCCUCUACUUAACAGGGAAUGCGAGGUCGGUCGGGGCGGGUUCGGGUCCGUAUACAGAACGGUUCUGAGCAAUGGGCGACCGGUGGCAAUCAAGAAGCUGGCUGUUUCCAGCCUGGUCAAGUCUAGAGAAGAGUUCGAAAGGGUGGUCGUAAGGUUGGGUAAAGCCCGCGGGCACCCGAAUGUGGUCGGGCUUGAAGGGUAUUAUUGGACUCCGGCAUUACAGCUUCUCAUCUACGAGUUCGUGGAGGGAGGGAAUCUGCAUAAACGGCUCCACGAAAUGUCGGGCCCGAACUUGACUUGGGCCGAGCGGUUCGACGUAAUUCUCGGGUCGGCCAAGAGCUUGGCCCAUUUGCAUCAAAUCAACAUUAUCCAUUACAAUGUGAAAUCAAGCAACAUCCUAAUUGAUGAAAGCUCUGGUGAACCAAAAGUUUCAGACUAUGGUCUAGCCAGAUUGCUCUCGAUGCUCGACCGAUAUGUGUUGAGAAGCAAAAUCCAGAGCUCGCUCGGUUACAUGGCGCCGGAAUUCGGCCUCCAAACAGGCAAGAUAACAGAAAAAUGCGACGUGUACAGUUUCGGGAUUCUGGCUCUGGAGAUCGUGACGGGAAAGAGGCCGGUGGAGUACAUGGAGGACGACGUGGUGGUGCUAGUGGACACGGUGAGGGCGGCAGUCGAGGAGGGCGCGGUGGAGGAAUGCGUUGACGAGAGGCUUCAGGGGAAGUUUCCGGCGGACGAGGCGGCACCGGUGGUGAAGUUGGGGCUGAUAUGCACAUCUCAGGUCCCUUCAAACAGACCUUCUAUGGCUGAAGUGGUCAGGAUAUUGGAGAUGAUCAGAAAUCCUUCAGAAAGCCAUGAUGAACUGCUGGAUUUGGAAGGGUAAAUUAGUAAAUUUGGACCUUUGACUUAGAGAAAGUUGAUCCUUAGUUUAUUGCUUGUUCU